AUGGCGUUAAAACAUGAUGGUGGAGUCCGACUCGUCUAUAGUAAUGGGCAACAUUCGCGCGAUCCUCAUGAUAAUCCAUGCUUGAUUAUUGGUCAAUACAAUUACUUAAAAGCAUUAAAGUAUGAGGAUGUUGCUAAGAAAUUUGGCGAUCGAGUGGAUCAAAAAACAUUUUAUGAAGGCAUUGAACUAUGUACCCGCUGUUCAACGGUGAAUCUGUGGCUUAAUUACGUAAAAAUGGCUGUACUUCCCCCAGCAGGUAGCAGGCAUAAUUCGCCAUGCAGCCCUCACUUUCUACCAACUUUAAUCCAUCGGGGCUUACUACAUUCCGAAAAUGAAGAUAUCGUCAUUAUCUGUCGUAAAGCUGACGCUUUCGCACUAGCCUGUGCAGUUGCUCGAUGUUAUCCUACUUUCAAUCGCAAAUAUCGAGGCUCUGUUAUCGAUAGAACUGUUACUGUCGAAUUCUGCAUCACAGACGAUCGUACGGCAGUCUUAACUUCUGAAGACAUAGCAGUUAUGGAUGCCGCUGCUUGUGGAAUAAGAACCGCCUGUUAUAUCGUUGAUGCUCCUUGUAACAUGAUGCAAACUACUCACUUUGUUGAGGAAGCGAAACGAAUUGCAAAAUUACUAAAAGUUAAAUCGUUAAUUAUCGAGGGAGAAGACCUAAAGGCUGGAGGUUUUGGAGGAAUCUAUGGCGUUGGUCAGGCUGCAAGUGCGCCCCCUGCUUUAGUCGUACUCAGUCACACUCCGCGUAAUGCGACAAAAACAUUCGCCUGGGUAGGCAAAGGGAUAGUCUAUGACACUGGAGGCCUUUGUAUCAAGACAAAGACGGGUAUGCCUGGGAUGAAGAGGGACUGUGGCGGAGCAGCUGCCAUUCUAGGCGCAUUUUAUGCUGCCGUAAGCCAAGGAUUCUCACAGAAUUUACAUGCAAUCUUGUGCUUAGCAGAAAAUGCUGUGGGCCCCAAAGCCACACGCCCAGAUGAUAUUCAUACCAUGUAUUCUGGAUAUACUGUGGAGAUUAAUAACACUGAUGCUGAGGGACGAUUAGUGUUAUCCGAUGGGGUCCAUUAUGCACUUAAGAAUCUCAAGGCGGACGUUAUUUUAGAUAUGGCUACCCUAACAGGAGCACAAGCUAUUGCUACAGGACUCUAUCAUGCAGCUGUCUUGACUAAUCAAGAAUCUUGGGAGACUGCUGCUACUGCGGCUGGUAGAUCUAGCGGAGAUUUAGUGCAUCCAGUUCCUUAUGCACCAGAACUUCAUUUCCCCGAGUUUAGCAGCUCUGUAGCGGAUAUGCUUAAUUCCGUCUUGAAUCGCGGAAAUGCUCAAGUUUCUUGUGCCGGCUUAUUCAUUGGAAAGCAUAUUGGCUGGGAUUAUAAAGGAGCUUGGAUACAUGUUGAUAUGGCCGCACCUGCUCAUAGUGGUGAACGUGCAACUGGUUAUGGAGUAGCUUUAUUAUUGGUACUCUUUGGUUUUGCCAGUCAUAACCCACUGCUGCAGUCAUUAUCAAAACAGAUGCAGUAAUUACCAAUAACUUAUAUAUUAAAGUUUUGCGAUCUAUCAAAAUGUCCGCUAAACUAUGUAGUGCAUCACAUUUUAGAUCAUUAGAUUUACUUUGAUUUAUCCAUUGGAUUAUAAUUUGUGACCUUAUUAUUAUUCAACUAAGAUUUGGUUACUACAUUCAAUUAUUUUGUGGCCUAUGAUAAUAAAUGUAUGAAUCUAAGUCUAAGUUAUGAUUGUACUCGUUUUAGUUGCUAGGAGGGCAAUGUCUUCUAAAUGUUCGAAUAACAAAUUUUGUUGUAUUGCCAUACAUAUGAUAUGAUAUUGCUACUGUAAUUAGACUACUUUAGAUCAAUUAAUUAUUAUUUUAGUCUUGGUGGUUUAAUUUUGUAAUAUUUUUUGGCAUUAUGCCUUGUAAUUUUUAUAAAGUUUUCA